GAGCCCCUCGUCUGGUGGGCAGCGCGUAAGGCCGAGUUUCCAGCCCUCUCACAGAUGGCCUUCGACGUCCUAUCUAUCCCCGCGAUGUCGUCCGAAUGCGAGAGAGUCUUCAGCCAAGGGAAGCUUACGAUGUCCUCGCAGAGGAGGAGAAUGAAGAGCAGCACUCUCGAGCUCCUUUUGUGCCUCAAGGACUGGCUGAAAAAUGGAACGCUG